AUGAAGUACGGUCACGUGCCAUCCACAUUAGAGCUACCUAACAAGCCUUUAAUUACAGCCAUAGUAUCAUACCUUGAAGUGUCCGAGGUAAAUGCAUUGUCACAGACAUGUACAGUCCUGCGCAGAAUAACGAGAGACCCUGAUAUACGCGCCAGAGCGAUAGUGAACAGUGUGGGCGCUUAUUUGUCACAAGAAGACGAAGAGGAGGCAACGACCACAGCCACUAUAAGCUACAGCGGGAUGAUCACACGUACUGUUUUGCAGGCGUAUACCUGGGGUGGGUUCGAGAUGACAACAGACAUACUGUCACAGAUACACGGCGCGGACGCGUACUGUGUUGGACUGGUCACGGCUUGUGAGAAGGGGUGGAUCGAUGUGGUGCGGUGGUUGCUGCCGUAUGUUGUAGGUUACAACAAACCGUAUGCGGAAAGCAACGUAUUUUAUCUGCACAGUGCGCUGGAGGUGCCAUUGUGGGACACCACUGGAAUAUAGCCCUGGAGUUGCUCAAGACGGGCUAUGUUCAUCCUUCAUUCAAUGACAACAAGGCUGUAUUCAUAGCCUGUGACCAAGGUAGCGUAGCGGCCGCGUGGC